GCCCUAUGAGCGCUCUCCCCGGCUGCUCCGGCCGCCGGCGGAGGGGGCUCUGAGCCCGCCACCCGCCGCCCGGCCCCGGCCGUGGCUGCGGCCCCUUCCCCGGGGCGGAGAGAGGGAGGCGGGGCCACGCCGCGGCUUCGCGGGGCCGGGCCGGGCCGGACUGGCGGCGAGAGCGCGGGUCGCCGGCAGCCGAGCAGCGAGGGCGAGCGGCGGCGGCCGGGGCUGCGCAGCAGUGCCCGCGGCAGGGGCGCGCCCGGCCCCGGCAUGGCCUUGCAGUAGGCAGGGAGCGCCGCCCGCCGCGCCCCGUCCGUCCCCGGAGACCCGCCCGGCGCCAAGAUGAAAGACGACUUUGCAGAGGAGGAGGAGGUGCAGUCCUUUGGCUACAAGAGGUUUGGUAUUCAGGAGGGGACCCAAUGUACCAAGUGUAAAAACAACUGGGCACUGAAGUUUUCCAUCAUCUUGCUGUAUAUUUUGUGUGCCCUGCUAACCAUCACAGUAGCCAUUCUGGGAUACAAAGUUGUAGAAAAAAUGGAUAAUGUGACAGGUGGCCUGGAGACCUCCCACAGAAGAUACACAGAAAAGCUCACAGAGGUGGAGAGUGACCUGAAGAAAUUAGAUGACCAAGCUGGACAAAAAGCCAUGGACACUAACACUGAACUGUCUACCUUCAGGGCUGACAUCCUGGCCCUUCGCCAGCAGCUCCAUGACAUUGUAGAGAAAACCAGCAGGAACAAAGUCACACUGGAGAAGCUGCAAGAGUCUGGCAAUGUGUUAGAUGACAGGCAGAGCCAAAUGAGAAGUACUUUAGACAGUAACUCUUUCAUGAUCAUCAGUGUCAAUAAGACUCUUCAGGCAUACACUGGCUAUAUCAACAAUCUUCAGCAAGACACAAGCACGAUCCAGACAACCCUGCAAAACCAAGUGCAUUCCCAUAACGUGGUCAUCAUGAACCUGAACAACUUAAACCUGACCCAGAUACAGCAAAGAAAUCUGAUCAGUGUGCUGCAGAAGUCAAUGGAAGACACAAGCCUGGCUAUCCUCAGAAUCAAGAAUGAUUUCCAGAACCUGCAGCAGGUGGUCCUUCAGGCCCGGAAGGACACUGACUGGCUCAAGGAGAAAGUGCAGAAUCUACAGACUCUGGCUGCCAACAACUCAGCACUGGCAAAAGCUAACAAUGAUACACUGGAGGACAUGAACAAUCAGCUCAGCUCCUUCAGUGGCCAGAUGGAGAACAUCACCACCAUUGCCCAAGCCAAUGAGCAAAAUCUGAAGGACCUGCAGGAACAGCACCGAGAAUAUGAAAACAGAACCUCUGCCAAAUUCAGCCAGCUGGAAGAGAGGUUCCAGGUCUUUGAGACUGACAUAGUCAAUAUCAUCAGCAACAUCAGCUACACUGCUCAGCACCUACGGACUCUGACCAGCAACCUCAACCAGGUCAGGACCACUUGCACAGACACCCUGAGCAAGCACUCAGACGAGCUGGUUUUCAUGAACAGCACCCUGGCCAGCAUCCGCUUGGACUCUGCAUCUCUCAAGGUGCAGCAGGAUUUGAUGAGGUCCAGGCUGGAUGUUGAAGUUGCCAACUUGUCAGUGAUCAUGGAAGAAAUGAAGCUAGUGGACUCCAAACACGGCCAGCUCCUCAAGAACUUCACUAUCCUGCAAGGUCCUCCUGGUCCAAGGGGACCUAAGGGUGACAGAGGCCCUCCAGGUCCUCUGGGCCCCGCUGGCCUAAAAGGACAAAAAGGAGAGAAAGGAGAGCCUGGGCCACCAGGACCUGCAGGUGAGAAGGGUCCCCCUGGGCCAGCCGGGCCACCCGGAGAAAAAGGAGGGAAAGGCUCCAGAGGCUCCCCCGGCUCCAAAGGCCAGCGAGGCUCCCCUGGCAAGACAGGGCCGCCUGGGCCCAGCGGCGUCCCGGGGCCACCGGGGCCGCCAGGCAAGGACGGACCACCGGGGCCACAAGGCCCACAGGGAUUCCAAGGCCUGCAAGGAACUGUGGGAGAGCCAGGGGUACCAGGACCCCGAGGACUGCCUGGGGUACCUGGAGUCCCCGGGCUGCCCGGUCCAAAGGGCCCACCCGGCCCACCGGGGCCACCGGGACCGGGGAAGCCGAUGGCACUGCAGAGCGAGCCGACGGCGGAGCCCGAGGCCAAUGGUUGUUCACCUCACUGGAAGAACUACACAGAGAAGUGCUACUACUUUUCAGUUGAAAGAGAAAUUUUUGAAGAGGCAAAGGUGUUCUGUGAAGAGAGGUCAUCCCACUUGGUUAUCAUAAACAACAAAGAGGAGCAGCAAUGGAUCAAGAGGCAGAUCUUUGGGAAAGGCAGCUUCUGGAUUGGCCUCACGGAUUCAGAGAAGGAAAACGAGUGGCGAUGGCUGGAUGGGUCCUUGCCAGUCUACAAAAACUGGAAAACUGGGCAGCCUGAUAACUGGAGCCAUGGGCACGGGCCAGGGGAAGAUUGUGCUGGACUGAUCUAUGCUGGGCUCUGGAAUGACUUCUACUGUGAAGAUGUUAACAAUUUCAUUUGUGAAAAAGACAUGGACAAAGGGCAAAUAUUUGGAGUGUAGUUGGCUGUGACUUUACAGAUACCUACAUGCAAUAGAAAUCUGCUUAGAGAAGAAGAAAAUCCUGGGAGAGAGCAGCAUUGCCUACCAACACUGGGGGGGGAAGAAGAGAAAGACAUAAACCAGCGAGCACUGAAAACUGGGUUUAAUGCACAGAGGAAUUCAGCAGCAGCUCUUCUCCAGCAUCUUGCCAGUGUUUGAGGCCUUUCAAGCCACAGCAUCAGGAAAUGCCACUGAGCUCCUUCUGCUAGAGAUUUUCUUCCCAACCAGUGACCAGAUGCAGAACCAACUUUUGUGUUCUGAGAAAAGACCUUCUGUCAGCCUGAGACUGGUGGUGACUCCUCCACAAGAUCACAGAAGGCAACUGUGUAAACAGAGUCUCCUUUGCUAAGAUCCCAAAUGUAGGGAAGUGAUUCAGCUACACGAGUAUAUAGAUGUUAUAUAAAUAUAUCUAUAGUCCAGCUCCUCUCAGUACUCUGGAAUAUACUUUAAAGAGCUUUUAAAACUUUGUAUUUUUGUACAAAAUAUUUUGCUUUUUACAGUUGUUCUUCUUUGUU